GACGAAGAAUUUCAAAGAAUAUUCAAUAGUCUUCACAUUAGUGAAACACAAUUCUCUGACGAAGAAGAUAAUUAUCGGUCAGAAUUAUACAAUUAUGAUGAGAAAGGAAACCAUUAUACAGAAGAACGUUUUAAUUACUUAAAAAAGACGAGGAAGUCGAGUUUUGUGAUUAUUUUGGAAAGUGAUCAAUGUAUAGAAAAAUUUUCUUACCCCGAAAAGGACGAAGAUGAAGAAGAUGAUGAUUGUUGGUCCGAUUCAUACUUUUGGGAAGAUUCUCUUCAAGAGAACCGCAAUUUAUGCGAAUAUUGUAGAAAAGGAGGUCAUGGCGUAUGGGAAUGUUCUGGACUCAAUGAAAGAAACACUUUUAGUUUUGAUCUUGAAGUAAACAACUUUAUUUUGGAUUUUAAAAAGAACGAUUCUAGUAUUUUGAAGGAGGUCAACUCCUUUUUGGACUUAAAAAAUAAUGAUUUUAGUACUUCGAAAGCGUACAACUCCUUCAAACAGUACAAGUUUUGUGAGGUUUGUGAUAAAGAAGGUCAUCUCUGGAAGGAAUGUCACGAAUCGCAAAAUACCGUGAUUAUUGGGAAAAAAAGUCGUCAGAGGCAAGAAGAAAAGAAAAGAAACUUCUCUCUAAUAACAUUGAAAAUGUUGAUUGGGAGACAAUCGGAAAAGUCAAUGGGCUUGAAAAGAAAAAGGAGAACUUGCGGACUUCAAAAAGGUUUAUCAGCCAGCAAACAAACGUCACUAGAAAAGGUAGAAAGAAGUGAACAUAUAACUCUCGGUGUGGACUUAGCUGGUAAAAAAGGUGCUUUAUCGGCUACUGCUGAUAAACAAGAACUCUAUUCGGCUGAAUUCGAACUAAGAAAAGAUAUCGUGGAGCUAAUUGCUACUAGAAGCAUAAUAGAACUUAUCAACAGAAUAAUAUUGAUGAUUAUUCAUAUCAGCAUAUCCAAUAAAAAUAUUAGUAUUUCUAAAAAUCGUCCAACCACACCAA